AGAUGUUGCGCACCCACAUCGCCUGUCCUUUGGGUCCACGAUUCCGCCUCCCCACUCCUGUGACAUGCUUCUGCAGGAGGGUGGGGCUACGGGCCAAGUCGAAUGCGCCCACCUGUACCUGCACGCUCUACCUUCAUGCUUCUCGUCCCUGGUCCAGCAGCCCGUCUCUUUCCCAUCUUCAUUCACACGAUUGCUCUCACCAUCUUCUUCUUGCCACACGAACACUUUAGACUUCAUCUACAUCCCUCGACAGUCCCAACGCUCAAAGCUCCACCAAGUUCCCCUCUCCAUGCCUCUUCUCACACUUCACAUUCGAUUCCCCCUUUGACACUCUUCAAACCGUUCGUACUUCAAAUUCUCAAGCACAUUCACACCUUUACCCAACUCUUUCGCAUCGUCGCUAUUAUCCCACACUUCUUCCUCCUCCUUCCCUUUUGCCUCCAUCUUUGUUCCUCUUCGUCGUCGCUUUCUCUUGUUAUCUUGAAGCUGGCUGGCUGCAUAUGCCAACUCGUUGUACUCCCAUUAAUAUGCCCCCCCAAAAAAAAACCACAAAAAGACAAAUCGCUCGAUCGCUUGCUCGAUCGAUGUUUGACAUUCAUUCGACGGCGCCCUUUCAGUUGGCGCUCGAUGAGAUUGUGCCGCGGGUGCAAGGUACGAAAGAAUAGGCGGUCUAUACUCGUGACUGUGGGCAGCGGAUCGAGUGCUGCUGCAGCACUGCUGAUCGUCCACAGCCAGCGUGCAGCAGCAGUGUGAAUGUGGAAGGAAGUCUUGAGGGCGCAACGUGGAUGACAUGACAGGUGUGCCAGUGGAGCAUCUCUACGAAUCGAGUUGGUCGUGAGUUUUUGCUCAGGCACAAGCGCAGAGGAAGAUGUUUGCCCCAACGCACCCCAUCCCACCCCACCCCACCCGCUCCUCACAAUAUUAGCACGAAGCUUGUCUAUAGGAAAUUGCGAAUUUGGGAUGGCGGGGGAAUUGGGAAUUGCGGUGACGGGAGGAAAGAAGUUGGGUUGACGUUUUCAUCGCUAGCGAGCGCAGAGAUUCGAGGUGGACAUGGGGGGGGGGACUUGGCAAGGGCGCGCGAUAGAGGACUAGGAAAGGGUGGGAAAUUUGGCGCGCAGAAGAAAGAGUGUGGAUGCGGAUGCGGAUGCGGGUAGGGCUGGCUGGGACUAGGGGACUAAGCGGGAACGCUCCAGCACACUUUGAAGCUGUACUCGUGCUUGUACACCUUGUCUCCGGCCUGCACAGCCAACCUUUCCAGCUCCUUGACCUUUCCCUCGUCGCUCCUCUUGGACCUGAU